GCCUCCGCCGCCGGCCCAUGGAAGGCUCCAGGCCCCCGUCGCCGCGAGAUGCAGUGGAGCUGUCGGUGCUCGAGGGGCUCCUGCCCGAGGAGCCGGCGCUUCGCAACGGAGACGUCCAGGUCGUCGCUCCCCGCGCGGAGCCACCCCGCGACGCCCAGGCCAAAAAGGAGAGUCCGUGGAGAGUCUGUAAUAAAAAAUUGUUCGGAAAGUGCAAGCUGUGGAUGGCCUUCGUCUCUCUUUUCGUAGCUGUCAUUUUAAUGAUCAUCAUGUGCUUAGUUAUUAUUAGAGAUACUUAUAUUGAUGAAGAUGAAGAUGAAAUACCUGAAUUAUCUUCAAGCAUAACAUUCUGGGUCAGACUAAAGAUUCCAGAGGAGUGUUCUAGUGAAAAAGAGUUGCAGCAAUUGCUCUUGGAGAGGCUCACUGAUGUGUACAGCUCAUCACCAGCGCUGAGUCGUUAUUUUACUUCAGUUCAAAUCAAGGAAGGUGGCAGGGGUGAUAGUUCCACCGUAACCUACGACCUGCUCUUUGGGGUUCCGUCAGAAGACAACGAUUUUAUGGAGUAUAUGAUGAGUGAGGAGCUGGUAUUGGGUGUCCUGCGGCAGAACUUCCACGAUCAGAACAUACCUGGUUGUGAGACUCUGGGCCUUGAUCCUGGGUCUGUUUUAAUCUUUUAGUGAAGUGGUGGACGUGUCUGAAAGCAGCAUUCUGCUGAUUUUUUGAGAUGAGAAGACUUCGUUUCAUUUUAUGGAAAAGAUCCCGGAAUUUCACGAUCACGAUCACGAUCACGAUCAUCCUGUUGUUCAUCGAUUGCCUCGAGCAGGCACCAGUAACGUCUCCUUCAUCCUAGCCCUGAGAUUUUAAAAAGUGCCAUAUUCAAGGCUCUUUCAGGGUUAGGAGAAUGAGACCCAUCAUAGCCCAUCAUUGUUACUGGUAUUUGGUAUAUUGGGUACGCCACGGGGAGUUUGCCAGACUCUGCCGUGUGGGCAGGUUACAUUCGGUAGCCUGCCAGGUUGUCCAAAGUAAGAAUGAGAUAAAAAGAUGUUUCAUCCCAGAAUUUAUGUAGAAGAAUUCAUUGCUCACCCGAGAGUGAACUCUCCUUUCCACCCAAUUUUGCAGUGUCUGAGUUUGACUCUUUGACCAGCAGAACAGCACUGACUCCUGCCCCAGCUGGGGAGGUCAGUCUUGACAAAAGCAGGAAGACAGAAGGCAAAGGGUGUCAGGAGGGUGGGUGAAGUUUACAGUGUACCUGAGGUCACUGCUACCAUUGAAAUGUUGGCCAACCCCCACACAUGUACACACUCUCUCUAGUUCAAGGGUUGCCUUCCAGAAUGAAUCCUGCUAACUGCGCGGGUGGAGAGCGAACAGGAGGAGACAGGCAGCAGGGUGAGGGAGAACAUGCUAAUAUUACUCUGAAAUUCCCCCAUGCUCUUUCCUCCUACUGUUAUAUUUGAUCUACCUCUAAGCGAGGCUCAGAGAGGGUGUUAGGCACUUAAGCAUCCCCGAAUAGAAUGUUUUCGCCCCUGCUUCUGUACCCUGCAGCUGGUAUGUCUUAGGACAUCAUCCAAUGUUACGUGUGUUUAUAGAUAUGGAAUAAGACAUGUACUCCACAAUCAUUUGCCUCUCAUUGUCCCUAUGAUUCUUAAACAGAUUUUUGUCAAACAAGUGUCCAUGAGAGUUCUGAACAUAUUCCUGUGUUUUUGGAUUUUUACAUUGAUAUUCGCUGCUCCACAAAGGGAAUCUUUAUAACUGCUGUCUGCUUCAGGCAUUGUACACUGGCCUGCUAUUGCCUAGAGUCACAACCAAGACGAUUGUGAAUCUUAUUGAAGAUGGUUGUUAAACAGAAAGUUCCAAGUUUAUAAGAAUCUGUUGAAAAAAAGGCAUGCCAGUUCUUUUGGGUGUGGGCUGGGGAGCAUUAGUGACUGGAUUGGUGAACAAUUUUAUAGAAUGAGGGAAGACAGAAUAAGUUUUGUUGGAAAAUUAUUUUACUGGAAAUUCCCCCCCCCCCAAGAGUUUUAUACUUAUACAAUGAGAAUCUGUAGACCCAAUAUCUCUAAAAUUGCCCGCAGCAAAUGCCAGUAGGCGUUUUGAUUGGUGUAUAGAGAGCUGUGUCUCUCAGGCUUGGUUCGACCUGAGCAAUGUAUGACCCAAGACUUUGGAUAAUGUGAAUUUUCUUUCGUAUUUAACUAGGAAAUACAUUUAUUAUAACUUGGAGUGUCAUUUUAAGGAUCCUUUCACAAAAGUGAAACAAUUGACUUUUCUUCCUCUUUUAUACAUGUUAAAUAUAUAUUGCAGUGGUUUGUACUUUUUUUUUUAAAUGAAGAACUUGAAAUGGAGAAAGCUUGAAAGAUUUGAAGAUACUUAUAAUAAAUUAUUUUGUCAUAUGCCUUACUGUGUGAACUUUUGCUUUGUAGGUGCUGAUUUUUUAGG